AUGGCUUCUUCCAUAUCAACUCAAUCGAGGUCAUAACCGUGCCACCACUCUCCUUUUCUUGCCUGCUUCCUCUUCUUCCGCCCACUUCGAUCGGGUAAUUCCUCGAUUGUGGUCUCAUGUCUGCUGUACGAUAAACCUUCUCGUUACUGCUGCUGGCUGCAGCUUUUCUACAUAAUGGCGUCCACCAUCCGGCAGCCAUGUAUGGGAUUUGCGAGGACCGUACCCAGGCUGCGUCCUCAGUUCUCUCAGCAUAUACGAAGCCGCAGAUCUUUUGCAGACUCUCCUAAGCCUCCUAAUCGGCGAGUUUCAGAGCGCCCGAAAGGAGUGUUGUUCCCGAAAACCAGAAUUGCUGUUGGCAUCGUGUUCAUCGGAGCUCUGAUCCAUUCAAUGGCUACAGAAGAACCUCAAAAGCUGGAUCUCCCCUCAAUCGCUGAACGAGAUGCCCUUACGAAACGUGAGUCUGGUGUAACUAAGAACUCACCUAUGCGUCUACGUAUGGAAGAUUUUAUAAAGGAACAGCAGAAGAUAAUUGUUGCCGAGCUGGAGAAGGUUGAUGGGAACAAGUUCCGAGUCGAUACAUGGACACGCGAGAACGGUGGAGGAGGGAUAUCCAGCGUUCUGCAGGGUGGCAAUGUCUUCGAGAAGGCUGGUGUCAAUAUCAGUGUUGUUUACGGCACUCUUCCUCGACCUGCGAUUGAGAAGAUGCGUGUGAAUCACAAGGCCAUAGAUCCGGAUAUCCACUCUCUGGAAUACUUUGCGGCCGGUUUGAGUAUGGUUCUCCACCCAGUCAAUCCAAUGGCACCUACCGUCCAUCUCAACUAUCGAUACUUCGAGACAUCCAAUCCAGAUGGAACAUCGAAUGCAUGGUGGUUUGGUGGCGGAACAGACUUGACGCCAAGCUACCUGUUCGACGAAGAUGCAAUCCACUUCCAUAAGACGAUCAAGGAAGCAUGCGACAAGCACGACAAGGACUAUUACCCGCGCUUCAAGAAAUGGUGCGAUCAAUACUUCAGUAAUAAGCACAGGAACGAAACCCGCGGUAUUGGCGGUAUCUUCUUCGAUGAUCUGGACGAGAAGGAGAAGGACCAGGAAAACACAUUUGAAUUUGCGCAAAGUUGUUUGAAGGCUUUCCUACCAUCUUAUCUUCCCAUCAUUAACAGACGGAAAGACAUGCCAUACACUGAGAAGGAGAAAGAGUGGCAGCAAAUUCGACGAGGAAGAUAUGUGGAGUUCAACUUGGUGCACGACAGAGGGACUGCAUUCGGCUUGAAUACCCCCAGUGCGAGAGUAGAGAGUAUUCUCAUGAGUUUGCCUUUGACAGCUAGCUGGCGAUACAUGUACGAGCCAGAAAAAGGCAGUCGUGAACAGCGACUGGUGGAUGUCCUGAGGGAGCCCAAAGAAUGGGUAUGAAUGUACAGAUAUCUAAACAUGU